AUGAAUCUCACCAAGUCCCUCGCAGCCCUCAUACUUCACUUUGCAGUGACCAACGCCCAAUGCGGCACGGCUGAUGCCUGUGUCUUGACUGAGACGUGCUCAACUUACACCCGCACCACGCCUACGACAACCACGUUUGCCACCUGCGUGCCCACCCCGACGUGCCUGAAGGUGUACCAGGACUGUAAAUCCGGCGGGUCCGGAGAUAUAUGCUGCUCGACUUACUGCGCGGCGACGAAAUGUCGACCUACGGAUCCCAAGUGGCCAAACUGUAGGGAGGAUCUAGAGUUGUGCAAGGCGGAUGAGGAGUGCUGCUAUAAUAACAAAUGUGUGGAGGGAUUGUGCCGGAAGCCGUAG